GUACAAUUAUUCUCCAGAAGAACUUAUCAACGACCAUUUAUUUUACCUUGAACCGGGAAAUAAUGUCUUUUCUCCUGAUGCUGAACCCAUAACCUAUCCUGAUAAAUGUGAAUUAAAUCAAUUACAUUUGAUUACUAGGCAUGGAUCGAGAUAUCCGGAAGCGGAGGAAGUUCUUAAAUAUGAUAGAUUGGAAAAA